UUAGGAUUGUCGUUAUCGCAGGCGAAAUCUAAUGGGCUCAUUGGACGUAAAGUGCCCUAGGUAGCGUGUAGUAAAAGUAAUUUCCUGCCCUGUGGAGUGUCUUUGAGUAGGGGGCGAGGGGGUAUUUGUAUUUUAACCGCCGCCUGUUGUGGACGGUGAAUGAGUUGUGUGGACUUGCCCGUACAUGUCCACCGGAAGUGGACGUUCAGGAGGGCAGCGCGCGCUGAUGGACACCAUAGCAACGCCAUAGAGAUGAUGAAGACAUCAAUCAUGUGUGUGUGAGCGGAGCGUAAUGAAGGGUGUAAUGUGGUGAUAUGAUGUUUGAGUUAUUCUGGGAUGGAGGACAGGUUGUGCUGCGAGAAAACAUCCUCUGACGUCAUAUCUACUUUACCAGUGUGGAUAAUUGAGUAUGCCUGGACUCACCGGAUGAUGGAGGUGUUAGAAGUUUUAGGCCCCCCGCUGUGGCUGGAAGGUGACCGGAGCAGCCUGAGUCUGAAGGAUCUGUGCAGCAUCCGCGUGACGGCGGCCGAGUCCUGGAUGGUUAUCCGGGCCAGAGACAUCGAACACUUUGAGCAAGUCAUGGAGUUUCUGGAUACCACUCACACUUUGCUGCCUCAACUAGUGACGCCUAUCAAGCACAUGAAGAUAAUGUUUGGCCUAAAAACCUUGGUCAUAAUGUGGAUGUUGUGGGACGAGCAGAACAUAGAGAGUAUUACAGACAAGAUUGAAAGCUUCUUUUCUGACAGUCUUCUACAGUAUUAUCGGAGUAGUCACAGGCAUAUGGAGCUGAUGCAGAAGGCCCAGAGGGACUUCAGGAAGUUUGCUCAGUUACUGACAAGAAACCCAGAAAUGCGCAAACAUUAUGUCAGAAAUCUGAUGGAAGAACAGUACGGUGAAAGAUACACUGUGAAGUUGGAAGAGAGAUUGUUUCAUUAUUUAGAAGAGCUGAACAAAGCCCUUCGACAACCCACUUACAUUGACCAGAUCCUAAAACAAUCAGGGCCACUGAAGGGGAGAGAAGAGUUCCUGCAGCAGUUAUUUACCUGUAAUAGUGCACCUCCAGCCACAGCUCUAAAAAAGCUACUGAGAUGUGCUAUGGCAAGCCACAAGGAGCAUAAAAGUACAGAAAAGUGGAAGCAAUGUAAAGGAGCUCAAGGUGAUGGACCAGUGUCAGUUGCUAAUUGUGUAGCCCUUAAGUCAUCUCUGGAAGAGGUAGAGGAAGAUUGGCUGUCACAGACAUCCUCUCAGAGCUCAUGGGUAAAUAGAAAUAAAAAUUUUGAACAACAGAGGACAAAGUUGAAGAAGCAUGUUUUAGAUCAGGCUCACAAACUCCCAUGUGUGCUUAAAGAAUGGUGUCCUCAGAUGACUGAGACCAGACUCGCUGAAGAAAGUAAAGCUCAAGAUGACUUACCAGAGCAUCUGUGCUCCAGACAUGGCAAGAGAAUGAGGAGUAUCCUCCAAGAAUGCUCGGAGGAGCUGAGGGGUCAGGACGAGGACGCUUCACUGAUGCAGGUGGAAUGCACUCCUCUGUCACCUGAACCACCACUUUUUCAGUCCACACCUGACAGACUGCCCUCAGCAUCUUCUCUCGAUGACUCAUCCUCUACAAAUAUUUCUCCAUCUUCACAGCCAGAGCCUUUCUCAUAUCGUACAGGCGAUGAAGAGCGACAGGUUGUUCUUCUGCAACCGAUGGCUUCUUCACAGAAAUCUCCAGUUCAAGAAAGUAACUCAGGCCAAAAAAGCAACAUCACAUUAAUGUUACAACUGUCAUCUUCUCAAGCACUUUCAGUACAGCUUACCACCUCUUCAUCACCAUGUACCUCAUCUCACAGCGCUUCAUCUUCAACAAAUAUUUCACAAUUUUCAGCAAACAAAUUCGCACAAAAGUUACCAUUGAAUGAGGAAGAAUAUUCACCGGGACGGUCAUUUGAAAAAAUGUGCCCGGAGUCUUCAUACCAUCAGUCUUCAUUAUCAUCGUCACCAUCCAUGUCGUCGUCCUCUGCUGCUCCCGCGGCAACUGUAACUCCAUGCCAAAAUGAUGCACAAGUAAUUUUAGAAUCAAGCAAACCGAGGCUGUCUUUAGAGACUCAGAGUUUCCUCAUGGUGUCAAAGUGGCUGCAGCCUAGAGUGAAGCUCUGCAGACUGAGCCAGCAGCAAUGUCACCAAGCCACACUGCCAAAUAGUGUUCCAGAGCAGUCACCGGAAGAGGAAAGAGUAGAUAAAAAAGAGGCAUCGUUUGAUCUCAAUUUACUGUAUUCAGACUCUGAAUCAGACACACAAGACUCUAAUGAUUCUGAUUACAUUCCACCAAAGAGAUGGAGGUAUAGGUGAAGUGCAGAAAAAAAGGGUACUGAUCGAGUGCAAUUAUGUAAUCUACCCUAUAUCAAUUGAAUAUUGAUCAUUAACCAGACUUUUGUGGUGCUCUUCGUUUUUUUUAAUGCUGCUUCUCAAAUGUCAGACUUGGGUCAUAACUUUAAUGUUUUAUUUGUUAAAUGUGUAAAAGACAAAAUGCAAUGUUUAAACAAGCGAUUGUAUAACAUUUUAAAGACAGUGUAAUUUAACAUGAGUUUUUGAAAAUACCUCAUUGAAAUAUUUAUUUAUUUACAUUUUAGAGGAUGUUUGACAUUUUAUUAUGUUUUGCCUUUAAAAAGAUAAAUGAUGAAACACCGUUGUAAGCCUUUGUGAAUUACAAAACUUUCCACUUUUUUUUUUUAAAUGUGCAGUCACAUCUCCGUGUGCACCCUGACAUCCCGACUGAUCAGAUUUGCUGCUGAUUCAUGAACCUUUGUACUUGUGUUGGGAAAGUUUAAGGGUUAUCACAUUUAUUAAACAAAGUUGGUUGACAUGCUGGACAUGAAAGUGGUUACAGUUAUACAGUGAUGAGUAGCUUGAGAUACAUGAAAGGUUUGAAGACCCCACUAAAAAGAAGAUACGGAAAUAUUUUUUUAAUAUUCGUACCACCAAGUUAUUUAUUGUGUUUGUCUCAAAGGUCAAAUAGUUUACCUUCUCCUCAUUAGUUUUUUAGGAUAAAAUAAGUCUUGUCAGAUAUAUCUUAAUUUCUUUCAUGGUACAUGGUAAACUUUUUCCUGAUUAUGCAAUAAAUUCAGACCUAGACACUUAGAAGGUCACAUUUUUAAACGUUUUCUGUUAAUAUUUCCUUGUGUUAUGUACUUUAUUUUUUUUGCUGUGCGUAAUCACUUUUUGAAAAACAUUAGUAAUAAAUACAGGGAUAAUUCAGAUUUUUCUUUUUCCCAACAAAUGAGAUUGUUUAAGCCACUGGUACGUGCCAAGUUAAAUUAUGCAAUUCCUACAUCAUCGACCAUUUUAAAUUUCGAGCCAAAAUCGAUGCCCAAUUUUUGACCCAGCCAGUUUAUGUAAUGAUGUAAGGUUGUAACACUGAGAUGGUAAAAGCUGAUGAAAAUAGUUGAGGGUAUUGGCAGGGAUUCAAGAAUAAAUGUUCAAAGAUCA